GAGUCGAUUGGCUGUCUGGUUAUGUGGCCAGAGUUGACAUUAUACAGCGUGCAAACAUGUUAAGGUUGGCCAAGGAAGGUCAGCAUACCUGCAAGUGUUUACUGAAUGCUUUUACGAAAACAUCGUCCCAUGGCAUCAGAUACCUGCAGAAAGAGAGUGGGUGUUCUGGCCUACCCUACCUGACUCGCCACUCAUCAAAUGCACAUUUUCCCCAACAUCUAAGUAGGCCAUCGUCAAUGACCAGAGAAACACUGGACCCGAUGUGGUUACAGGGGGAACAAGUGGCAUAUGCUCAAAAGAGAUGCUUUAAUGUCACACCUACACAUGCAGGAGAGAAUGCACUGCAGUCAGGAGAGUUUACUGAAGCUGUGUAUGAUAAAUUAGCGGAAGAAACAUUGGAUGCUUUGGCAGAAUACUUUGAAGAUCUUGCAGAUGAAGACUUCACUGGAACUGACUACGACGUUGUCUUUGCUAGCGGUGUGCUGACUAUCAAAGUAGGGGGUGACCACGGCACGUAUGUCAUCAACAAACAAACUCCUAAUCGACAGAUUUGGCUUUCGUCACCUACAAGUGGGCCUAAACGUUAUGACUGGACUGGUGAGCGUUGGGUCUAUUCACAUGAUGGAAAUGCACUACAUGAGCUUCUCUCAAAGGAGUUCUCCGUUAUCUUCAAGUGUAAAAUGGACCUGUCGCCUUUGAGACAUUCCUGACCAGAGUGACUGUAGCCUAGCCCACAUGCUAAUACUUUAGCCACAGAAAUAACAGUAUACAAACUGGGUAUUUAUUCAUCACAAGAAACAAACUUCAUGUCGUAUAUCUACAGAUCCUCACUCCUUGUAGAAGUCCAUGUAAAGUUAAAGAUUCUCUCAGAAUGACUGCCUUGUUAAAAAUACAUAUAUAUAUUAAAAACUGCUCUGACUUGAAGUACAUGCCAGAUGUAUCAAAUGAAUGUCAUGUGCAGUUGAAGUUGGAUUUCCUAUUCUAAUGUACAGUUUUUCCCAACAUCCUGCAGCAGAUAUUAUUCUGUUGACCGUGUACUUGUUACAGUAUGUGCGUACUGUAUGUAACAGGUUAGACUUUAAAACACGGCAAACGUAGAAGGAACUUUCACUGUUCAUAAGUCAGAAAUUCUGUCAGUCCAGAUCCUAAAAUAUUUCCACUUUGCACCGUGCAGGCCCACACACACACACACACACACACACACACACACACACACACACACACACACUAAACUGGGCUUUUAAUUGAAUGGACAUUAUGUGUUUUCCAGUUCUGUUGGAGUGUUGCCAAGAAAUACAUUUGAUAUUUGUUUCAGAAUGCUGCCAGCAUCUGCACUCCAGAAAACGGUAGUUCUUGAUGAAUGGCUAUAAAACAGUCACUGCAAGCUUCCAAGUCAGUCUCAAGACUUUCACUUAUUAUAUUUCUUCCCCCUCUCAAAAUCAUUUAAGCAUAACCUGUUGGGACUGUGGGGGUUACACGAGGCAGAUGGUUAGGAAUAUACUUCUUCUAUAUGAAGAUGGCAGACAGGAUAUAUUUUUUACUUCCGUUGGUAUAAACCUCUGCAAAUAAAUAAACACCUUGGUCACUGUGAUUGAUGCAAUUGAGGGGUAUUUUAUGCGUUAAUUUACUGUGUACUGUGUAACUCUGACAGUAAGACACUGAGACAACUUCUUCCUUAUAUUCAGCUGUUUACCCAAAUGCAAUCUGUAACACAUAGGACCAUUAACCAAUGUAGUCAGUAUACCAUACUUUCUUCUCAGGAUAUGAAGAGUUAUUUUGUACCUUUGGUUGUAUGCAUUAUUACAGAUUCUAUGAAUGUGAAUAAAAUAUUAUAUGUG